AUGACCAGCUACCAUUCUCAUGCAAACGCCGCCGAGGCGGGACAAGCCAGUCAUCACCCUGCCAGGACGCGAGGAAAGGAGAGCACUGAUACGCACACCCCACAACCCCCUUGCCAUGGACUGUUUACACUAGCACGACCAGGCAAAAAAGAAACGUCCUCCCGAAGCCCGACGCUAAAGUGCGUACUGCGAGUCUUUUACGUGGUGUUUUUAGGGGCCGUUGUUGGGCCCUACCGUAAACAAAGCGACGCUCCAGGCAAGAAAAGUAGGAAGAGACAGACAGAGCUUGCGCUGUUUCAAUCUGAAAUCUGGAAGAGUUCUGGUUCAGAACUAUGCAGCGCGUCAAGUUUGAGCUGGCAUGCAAGGUUUGACCACUUUCUUCGACCGUCGUGCGAAGGUCUGCACGCACAGAUCGAGGUCCACGUCGACCAUGCAUCGGGGAAGAAAGUCGUCGCAAAGCGCUUUUCGAGGAGCUAUCUGCUGGAUGGACCGCGUGCCUUUCGCGAGUCAGAUGCAUUCUGUGGAGAGGAUCCCUGGACUGAGAUGUUUCUGGCGAUGAAGCUGGGACAGGCUGGUCCAGAUCGCAUCAAGGGAGUCUUGCCAUGCUACGGCGUCUACCGUGACGCCAGUGACAGUGCGAUCCUGAUGCUGGAGUGGGCCUCUGCCGGCGAUGUCUUUGAAUUUGCCAGUGGCCUUGGUGAGCCUGGACCGGAAAGAGAGGCCCAGGCUGCCCACGUCCUUUGCGCACUCCUGCAGACAGUAUCACGACUGCACCGCUUGGGCGUAGCGCACGGUGAUGUCAGUGCCGAGAAUGCGAUAAUUCGAAUGGAGGACGGAGAGGUGGAGGUUGCUCUUCUUGACUUCGCUAUGGCAAUUCACAGCGCGGAUUUGUCAGCUGUGACGGGAGCACGAGGAAAGCCGAUGUACCGGGCGCCGGAAACGCUCCCAGAAAACGUUGCCUACGAUGCACGUGCAGCAGACCUCUUUGCCUGCGGGGUGGUCGGCUAUGCUUUGGCCAUCGGGAACUACCCUUGGCAGAGCACUGCCGGAGGUUGCAAGGCCUUCUCGUACGUCCAGAAGAACGGGCUUGCUCGGUUUUUUGAGAAGCAGCUUGUCAGCAACUGGGUCAGGGGUGCUCUUGUCUUCAUUGUGUCGGAGCGAAGCGACCUGUGUGAAGAGACGCCAAAUGACAUGGUAGAAGCAGCCCUGGAGGGCGAACCACAAAGACCAAGCGAAGCUGGUAAAGCUGGCAAAGUGUCCACGUAG